AGAUCGAGCUCUCCAGAUCCCGACCCUCUCCACACCAAACCCUACCUCGCCGCCACCAACCUCCGCCGUCCUCCACCUCACCCACUUCUUCAAGGUCGGCGAUCCCGUCUGCCGUCUUUAUCCACGCACAGGAGCGGUGCCCCGUUGCCUCGCCCGCUCCCUCAAAGGUUCUCAACCCCGGCUCCCUACUCCUCCAGCGUUUGCAAGGCGUGGAGCCAUCUCAUCCUCGGCGUCCAUGUCUUCCCAGCACGCAGACGCGGUGACCGCCGCCGUCCGCCACUCCCGCUUGCUCACGGUCCCCAACCCCGGCGAGGAGUAGGGCGCCAGCGAGGAUGAACUGGCUCCACGAUGCACCAGCGACCAUCGUGUCCCCGCCUCGACGACGGCUUCUGAGCUCCCGGCUCGACCAUGGAGAGUGUCGGCCGACGAGGAGUUCACCUACAACUGCGAGGGCCACAUCUUCGACUACCUCGUCAACAAGGAUUCAGCUAGGCGUGGAUCUGUUUGUGCUUGCUCGGUGUAGAUCUAUUUGCAGGCUUUCUUUGAUCUGGACAAUGCAACCCAUGUCGUGGAGGAGCUGUGUCUUACAGAGGUUUGCUGUGAGGACCAAUAGGACUUUUGAGAAUCUUCCGUCUAAAGAGAUGCAGAAGCUGUUACACAAUGCUCUCUCCAGGACAAGCUGACAUUAUCCUCUCUUUUACAAGAGCUCCAGCGGAAGAUCAAAGAGCGCAUACUGUUCAACUCUCAAAGAAUGGUGCCUUCACAAGGCCUGCUGGAAGUUCUUCUAUCUUUUCAAAUGCAGCAGGUAAUUAUUUGAGUGCUUUCUUUGGCAUCCCAGCUCCUUGAGCACUUAUUCUGAUUACAUGAGGAGUGAUCUGACUGUUAUUGCAAACCCCUGGGUUUCUCAAUUACACUUUUAACUGCUUCAUUGUUAAUUCUGGCGAAAUCUUUGAUUAUAUUGCUUAUUGGGGAAACAUGCAAUGUGUGAUACACUAACUUCCACCUGCCAAUGUUAGCUGAACAAACUGAUGAAUGACCUGUGAUCAAUGGAAUGAAAUCGUGUCUGUAACUGUCGUAGAACUUUCAUGAUGUCUUUCAGCGUCAUCCCCGCCCAUUAAUAUGGUAUGGUAUAGUAGUUUAUCUAUAGCCAACUGACUAUGUUGAUGUUUAACUGUGCGAGCUUUUGGAGUCGCUGAUUUAGUUUCUGUAAUAGCCCUCAAUGAACACCUUGUUAUGGGUGGAAUGUUCUGCCUCUAUAAAACCAAUGUAGUGUUUGAAGUGAUUUCUUCUCCAGUGUAGUUUUAAAUCUGCCCAGCAUGCUUUUCUCCUUUUCUUGAAUUUUUUAAUGCAAUUCGUCUGUCUACUAUAUAGCAGUGCUUGUACUCCCUCUGAUCCAUGCUAAGUGUCAAAUUAAAACCAUGGCACUUCUAUGGAUCAGAGGGAACUAUAACAUAUUAAGUUAUCUUACGUGAACACUUGCUGAUAGCACUUGCCCAUGUUGCAGCACAACAAACACAUUUUGUAGGAUUGAGUACCAGUAACACAAGCGCAACAAAGGGUACCUUCUGCUGCCCAAGAAGGUUGAAGAUGGAUUCUAGGUUUCCUCAGUUGAUUGAAAAAGCUUGCAGGUAAAGGUUUAGGAAACUUGUGGCUGGGAGGCGGUAGAUACUUCUUUUUGCUCAUCUGAUGGAGACAAUUGUUUGCUGGGAGAUACUUGUAUGUAACGCAAUCACGUGUGAACCUGGCUGUCAUGUCAUGGUGUUACGUAAUGCUGAAGUGAGAUGAUAAGUUGUUCAAAUGUUAU